UCCAGCAAAGCUGGCUAUACCAACAUAAUCUAACCAAAUAUUUAUAGAAAGCAACAGAAGUGAGUCGUCCUCCAUAAGAAUCGGAUAAUCGAACGGUACAUUCCUAUCAAGAAGAGUCAAGAUUGAAACGUGCGUGUGAAGUGAAGAUUCAACUAAUGCACACAGCGAGCAAGCCGGUUGCUUGUGACUGGAGUUACUAGACUGUGGAAACACAAGGCUGGCUGAGGUGGUGUGGAAACCGCUUUCAGAGUUGCAGCACCUACCGACCGACCAAUUCAUUGCGCUGUUAGAACGAGUGAUAGAUACUACCUACCUAUCUACGUGGGUAUCGCACAAAAAGCUCCACCUUUCGCCAAAGAUGGCCUGCAAAUGUCUCAAGUCCAAAGUGCUCAAAGUGACACUGUUCGUGGUGCUGGUGACCUUCCUGCCCGGGUUGCCUCCGUAUCCGACGUUCCCGUUCAAGGCGUUUAGCGUAACCCCUCCACGAGACUUGGAGGGCGUCCUAGCGCCCAACCAACUACUCAACAACGCAGAACAGUGGCUCGAAAACCAACUGGUUGCACCGGAAACCAUUCUGGUCCGAGGGAACACAACCUAUGCGUCCGUUGCCGGAGGCAAGGUCUUGGAAAUCACCAAAAACGAUCAGAUCCGGGUGGUGGCCAAGUUCGGUGUGGAAUGUCAGGGAAACUACGACGAACGCGUUUGCGGUCGUCCACUUGGGAUAGCGUUCGAUACCCAGGGUAACAACCUGAUCGUGGUCGAGCCCUACUUUGGCAUAUACCAGGUGCAGAUCAAAACCGGCGAAAAGAAGCUGCUAGUUUCGUUGGACGAGGUUAUCGAAGGCGGAAAAGUAUCCCGCAAGCCUGGCAUUCCGAACGGUUUGGCAGUCGCUCGGAAUGGAGAUUUGUACUGGUCUGAUACGUCUUCGGAUUUCCGCUUUGAAGACGCACUGCAGGCCAUGCUUCUGAAUCCGUCCGGCCGUCUGUUGCAUUACUCGCGGGCUUCCGGUCAGAACCGCGUGCUAAUCGACGAAGUCUACGGUGCCAACGGAGUAGCUCUCAGCAAAGACGAAAGCUUCGUGCUGGUGGCCGAACUCGGAGGACAGCUGAUCCGUAGAUACUAUCUGAAAGGUGCCAAAGCGGGAACAGACGACAUCUUCAUCGAUGGUCUGCCGGGAUCGAUCGACAACCUUGUUGGCGAUGAUACAGGUUUAUGGGCUUCGGUGGUGAUUGCCGCUGACAAAUCGAACCCAUCGCUAGUGGCCAUGCUUGCACCCUUCCCGAAUGUCCGGAAAUUCCUCGUCCGCGUGAUGAGCUUGGCGGAGCUUCCAUUCGACUUCAUCUACAAGCAGACGGGCAAUCAACUGGCUUUGCGAGUGUCCAACUUCAUCGGGAAUCUUGGAAGCGUGGCACCGCUAUUCCCAAAACGUGGCACGGUCCUCCGGUUGGAUUGGGAGGGAAACAUUCUGACAGCACUGCACAGCGACGAUGGCCGCACCAAUUUGAUAGCGCAUGCCGUGCAGAGUGGAGAUUAUCUGCUGCUCGGUUCGCCCAUUUAUCCAUCGAUUCGGAAGGUUAAGCUGACGGAAGAGGUGCUGCAAAUUGUGUCGCCAGGACGCAAGGUGCCAGCGAAGGUUACCGUUGAUACCAAAAAGAAGCAGAAACCAGCGGGUCACGAAGAAUUGUGAGGUAGUUUAUGUGAAUGUAGAUUUUUAAGUGUGAGGGUUAAUAAAGUUGGAUUUGUGUGUGAAAGGUUA